AUGACUUAUAACAAUGAGGAAGAUGGUGAUGAUGUCCCAAUAGUAGAUAUUGAUAAGAAAGCAUCGGUCAAUAGUGGAGGUGUUCCCCAGACUGUAGUGACAAUGGAGCAAUUGGCAAUGACUGUCCAACAACUACAACAAGAGACACAACUAUUGAGAUCACAGUUGAACGCUGUAACAGAGUCCUCUAAACAUAUUUAUUUUAACACCAUCAGGAAAAGAGGUCAUGUUAAAUCAGAAAGAUCUACCAGAAUCAACAACAACAUUGAUGUCGUAUACACCUUUCACAUCAUCCACAACCUCUACAACAACAUCUACAACCUCUACAACCUCUACAACCUCUACAACCUCUACAACAUCAACUUCAUCAACUGCAACUACAGCACUUUUGGCCACGCCAAACAACACAUCAAUGGUCGAGUUUGGUUUGUGGUGUCAACAUCCAAUGCCAAUCAAACUUAG